AUGGAGAGCGAGCACAAGCCCAAACCACCACAAGAUGAGAUUACAUUAAACUCAAACAUGUCAAACCAACCUGAAAAUCAUCACGCCAUCAUGCGUCCACCUCAGAUUGACAAUAGAGACAUGUUUCUAUUUGAGAGUGGGAGUAAAAGAAGAGCCCUCCGCUCUAUUUCCUAUAAUACUCGCAUUACGAGAUCAAAAUCAAAAUUGCUAGGGAUUGAACAAUCCUUUCCUCUCUAUCCAGAUGUGUGCCAGGGAGCGAAGAGCAUCAAAAACCAAAAGAGAAAAGCCAGAGCCCAGCCAAUUACCACUAUGUUUCAUUAUUUUAUCCGCCUUCCCACUGAGAUUCGCCUCGAAAUCUUCCAUCACAUGUUCCCACAUCCCCGGACGAUAUCUACUUCAAAUCAACACUACCAAACUCGUGACUCAUCACAAAUCGAACUUUUAAAGCCGUCUGUAACCUUCUAUAUCAAUCAUGAAGCACGGCAGGAAACUCUUCGGUUUUGGGGUGUUGACAAGGCACCCAACCACGCUCCGGGUGUUUUCAACGAAAUCAGUUUCCGCGCAAAUUACGACCACUUUCAGUUAAACAUUUACCUUUGGGAUCGUGAGAGUUAUAUAGAAAGUAUGAGAAGAUUUGAGGAGAAGAACCCAGGUCGCUUGAGCGCAGUAAAGGAAAUUACGCUUGUGGCGUCGAAACCUGGUUAUUUGCCCAUCUUUAAUUUUAAGUCGCAUGACCAGCCGAAUAUCUUCCAGCAUUUACCAGAGUUGGAGAGAGUAUUUAUAAAAUGCGUAGUCUUCAAGCCCCAGCUCAUUCUCAAAUUUUGGCCAUCGUCGCAUGUGGCAUGGAUGCAGAAAGUCUGGAAACAAGCUUGGGCCUCGAAGGAGAAGGUGCCAGAUAUUUCAUACUUGACUACUUGA